AUGAAGUUCCAAAACGCAUGGAGAACCACCACGCAACCCAAACAGGGACGGCGGAAUAGAAAAGCUUCACUUCUAGUAGGUCAUCAAUCCACCACUGCAACAGAACUUGCCCGAAGUAGCCCGGAAGACCCAGCCCGAGAGUUCAAGGAACGGGGCGACCGGUUCAUGGCUCAAAGACAAUACAGAGAUGCGUUCCAACAAUACUCCGAAACACUGGCAGUACGAAAGGCCAAAUUGGGAGAAGAACAUUCCCUCGUAGCUGAUGCUUACUGCGUCAUGGCUUUUAGCCGCCAAGCCGAGGGACAAUUAGUAGUAUCAUGGAAGUUCUACAACCUUGCACUGGAAAUACAGUGCAAGUUGUUCGGUGAUGACUCUCUGCCAGUUUCCAAGACCUACACAUCCAUUGGAUUGCUCUUGAGUGAAAUGCGCAGAUACGAAGAUGCCAUUCUGCACUAUCGCAUGUCACUGCAGAUCCAAGAGACUGUCAAAGGUGGUGACCGCCUUUCCAUUGCCAAGAUCAACCUGAGCUGUGGCAAUUGCUACCGCAAGCUAGGGGAUUACAACAACGCCAACUGGUACUUGAAGAAUGCUUUGAGUGGCUUUGAACGCUGUUCCGGUGACAAGAUUCUUGAAACUGCUGCCUGCUACACCUCACUGGCUCUAGUCUUCCAAAUGCAAAACCAGUAUGAGAUGGCCUUCCAACACCAUGAGUUGGCCAUGAUUACCCGAAGUGCCUACAGGGAAGGUAUGCCACUUGAGAUUGCUGCCGGCUACGUAAACAUGGGUCGUUGUCGCAAGGGACAAUGUCGAUUUGAGGAAGCCAUCGAGUUGUUUCGAAAUGCCCUGAUUGUCCUCUUGGUAACAUACGGAGAGAAUCACCCAGAAACAGCUACUUGCUUGGUCAGCUUGGGAAAGUGCCUACAGGAACAGGAUCAGAUCGAGGAAGCCAUGAAGCACUAUCACCAGGCUGAAGCUGCUCUGGUGAACUCCUUAGGCGAGACCGCACCACAGUUGGUUCAAGUUUACGGAAAGUUGCACCAAUGUUACCUCAAGAUGGAUGACACGGACAGGGCUUCCAGCUACAAGAAAAAGGCAAAAAGAAGUUUUCCUGAGCUCAAAGCUGGUAAGGAAAUGGGGGCAUCCAAGCAUGCCACCCACAAGCAAACCAAAGAAUCCACCAAGCCAAAGAGCGUGAAGGGAGCCAGACCCGCCAUCAAAAGGUCGAACAGUGCCGUUGCGGCCUGA